CGUGCGGCGGGCGCGGAGCCGGAGUCGGACCCGGCGGGAGCGGCGGCACCAGCGGCGGCGCGGGGCGUCGGUAUCGCUCGGCUCUGGCUCUGGCGCGGCGUCUCCUCCACCCCCUCGUGAGCCUGGGGAACCUGCAGCUCAAAGCCGCCGCCAGCCACACCACCAUGUACCCCGGCAACAAGCGGAAAAAGCUCUGGCGGGAGGAGAAAGAGCGUCUGCUGAAGAUGACCUUGGAAGAAAGACGCAAGGAGUACUCGGGGGACUACGUUGCAUUGAAAACUAUUCCAACGUGGAUGGAAGACUUAAAAAGCAAGAGUGAAAGUGAUGGUGAAAGCACUAAAGAAGACGUGCAGGGGAAGAAAAGUCUGAGUGAGAAAGUUUCUCUCUAUAGAGGUGACAUUACACUGCUGGAGGUCGAUGCCAUCGUUAAUGCUGCUAAUUCCAGCCUCCUUGGAGGUGGAGGAGUGGAUGGCUGCAUACACAGAGCUGCUGGGCCCUGCUUGGUUGCUGAGUGUCGGAACCUGAGUGGGUGUGAGACCGGACAGGCCAAAAUCACCUGUGGGUACGACCUGCCUGCCAAAUAUGUGAUCCACACUGUUGGGCCAAUUGCAAGAGGCCACCUCACUGACAUUCAUAAAGAAAACUUAGCAAGUUGCUAUAAAUCCUCUCUGAAACUGGCAAAAGAAAACAACAUCAGAUCAAUUGCCUUUCCCUGUAUUUCAACCGGAAUUUAUGGUUUUCCAAAUGAGCCUGCUGCUGUCAUUGCCCUUAACACUAUUAAGGAAUGGUUAAGCAAGAAUCACAAUGAGGUGGAUCGUAUCAUCUUCUGCGUCUUUUUGGAGAUUGACUACAAAAUUUUCAAGAAGAAAAUGGGCGAGUUUUUCCCUCUAGAUGAUGCUAAUGAAGAAGGGCCUGAGCUGAGUGAAGAGACAGGAUUGGAACAAAAAGGCCAAACUCCAUCUCCCACAAAGAGCAAAGCGGAGCAGCCUGAGGAUCUGCAGGAUGAUGCUGAAGUAGGUGGUGAUGGCACAGCAGAGAAGCAAAACACUGAUGAAACUGAGGCCCAGAGCCGAGAAGCAGAUGAGACAAAACCUUCAGCUGCAGCCAGCCUAUCACCAUCAGAAGACACAGAGCUGAGUGAGGAUAAAGACUCCCUGAAAGACUCCAAAGGCACGCGGGAGAGUGAUCCAGUGCAUCCUGUGGCGUCUGGGCAAGAUCAAGCCGAAGGACAACAGGAUGUUUCUGCAAAGGAGAUGAAAACUGGGGCAGAUUCCCAAAGCUCCUGCAUGGAUGUAGAAGAGACACUGUUGAACCAAGAAGACACAACAGAAGUUGAGACACCUUUGAUUCCUGGUGCAGAGGAAAAGGAAGAAGGAAAAGAAGAAGAAGGAGGGAUGCAAGGGCAAGAAGAAACUUCUGUGGAGCCUAUGAAAAUUGACCUUGCAAGUGAAGCAGCAGCCAUUUCAAAUAAGGAUGCUGAAAUGAAUAGUCAAGUUGAAAGUAUAAAUGAUCCUAUGGAAACAGAGCGGAAAGCUUAAGUAACAGGAAGGAUGCAGGAGAGGAGAGACCCGAGGAAACGCGACCGGCAGGCGCUGACAUCCUACAGCAUCAUUCUUGGCAGAAAAGAGCACACAGAGAUGCUCCACGGGUUGGGAGGGAGGGAGCUUUGGGGGAAUGACUCUUUGCUUUAAUUUCUCUUUGUUCUUCAUUGCAUUUUGUUCUGUAAACCUGUUGGAAAGAAUCAUAACUUCCCAGUUCUAACAAUGUUUUGCAGUUAUCCUUGCAAUUACAACAGUUUCUUAUGAACUGUGAGUCCCUGUCUUAUAUUGGGUCUCUUUUCCUCCUGCAUCAUAUCAUCAGUCACCUGUUUCCAGGCCCACCCCUUUUCUAGCAUCUUUAUCUUCUUUCCCAUGAUCAACCUGUGCUGUGCCAUGUCCCUUACCUGUGAAUAGCACACGUGGCCUCAAACUGCCAGCACCCCAAAUCUGUCCUGCUUUUUUUUCCAGUUAGUUCUGCACGCCCCAAAACCAGGGCCAUAAGUAUGACCUUUGGGUACAGGUAGGCAACAGACAUUUCCUCAAGCCUGCAGACACUCUGCAUUCGAGGCAUCUUUAAAUACAGCUCUCAGCUUUAGCAGCUUCACACUGUACCUUGUGUGAGCCCUCAUUAGAUUUUCCACUGCAUAUGCAUGAUUUUCUUUCUGUUUUUUUUUUUUUAAAGCAAUUAAGAGUUAUUUGGAUAAGAAUGUCUCACCAUAUGUCAAUUGUUCUGCCAGCAAAUGCUGCGCUGAAAUUUGUAAAAAACUAACAGAAGGGUUGCACAUACAUUUCCCAACCGUGCUGUAACCAAAACUGAUGGACAAUACACCGGAUGGAAGAGCACACAACCCAUGUCCAGGGCUACAAAAUGUAUUUUAAAAUGCUGCUAAGAAUAAUUUGAUCAUUUUGAGCAAAAUAGUUGCUUCUAAUUUGAUAAUUGUAAGCAAAAUAAUUGAUUCCAUGUGUUUUUUUUCUUCACCCAAAAUAUACGUGAAUCCCAAAAUAAGUAUUUAAAAUACGACCAAAAAAAAAAAAAAGAAAAAGAAAGUAAUAAACAAGGUAAGAUGUAUCUCUAUCCUCCUGUGAUCUGGGUUCGCGCCAGCUAGAGUAGUUGUGGUGAUAAACCAUGUGCUGGUGUAAUAGUGAGUCAAGUGUAAGUGUGGCCCCAACACACCAGCACAGACUUUGGCAGUCGGUGGCUGCCGUUAAUUCAAAAGGGUGUCAAGGAGAAACAAGGAUUAGAAAGGAGAACAAGAAAAACCCCAGAUUUCACCAGGACAGUACAACCUCUAGAAAGGCAGCCCACUAUUUCUUCCUCUCUGUGGGCCUCCAGGAUGUUUGAUUGAGGUGGAAUCAGAAGAGUAUUUCUGUGUGCUGGCUCCAGGGGUUUGUUCACCCCCUGGUUUGUCACUGGCACCAGAGAGGAUCUCGAGGAGCUUCUUCAUCACCUGGUUGUCCUGGUGGUGAGUACAUAACUCUGGGGUUGACUGUGGAGGGAGCAAAUGAGCUGAUGUAAGCCUCUGAAUUGGGUUGAUAAUCUUGCUAAGUUUGCUAACUCUGUCCCCUGUUCUUUCCGAGCACCCUUGAAGGGAUUCCUUGUUCCCUUUGAGGUGGUUCUGCUGCUUUUCUUUCCCAUCCUUGGGGUCGUGCUUGACAGAACGUGUCUUUUGGGACAUGGACUUUUUUUUCCUGUGGUUCCUUCUCCUGGUUUUCAUCAGUCUUGCAGUGGGAGACCUUGCAGGCAGUACCUCUACAUGGUGCACAUCCAUCCUCUAUGUUUCUGUAUAUUUUCCAUACUGGGUCAUUUUGUUUGAAACAGGCUGUCAUAACAGGAAGGUCAGAAAUGGAUAAACACCUUGGGAGGAUGGUAUAACUGCGGUAACUUCAGUCAAAAGAGUAUCCAGUCUCCUAAAUAUAGUUCUAUGCCUGUUUCCAUUGUGCUUGCCCAUGGGCAACAUUAACAGGGAUGUUAGCUGCCAUUAGCCACCUAUCAGAUGUCCCUUUUCCAUUGCCAGCCUCAGUUUUAGCAGAGGAGCCAAAGGGAGAGUUCUACAGGAGGCUGGCUGUUGAGGUGUGAUGGUUCAGAAGGAGACAAAUAAUCCUUAAAUGCCUUGUGAAGACUGACUGGUAGUUAAAGAAAAAAAUUAACUGCAAAGAUGCAUUGCAUUAGACACUCUCUAACCCCUGACAGUAAUUCAUUGUGCUUUUCAUUUGACCUUGGUCCUCAGAUAGCAGUGAGUCUUUGAAACCACAAACCAUUCACCCAAGGAUGCGGCGGCAAAGCGUGAACUGUAAAGCAAGGAAACAUAAGAAUUGAUUAAGUCCUUUCUGGACAAUUUGCAGCCAUGUCUAUGUCUGUCUUUCUUUGUGUGGGUUUUGGUUUGAAUUGUUGGAGAUUUUCACAACUCAUAAAGUGAGUGUAGUUUGGCAGUGUGAGUUCUCAGCUGCGCUAGUAGUCGAGGCUGCACCCAUGCCCCUCUGUUGUUUUUGCUGGAGCUGCAGAAAGGCAGGGAGCUGGUUCUGUAGAAGAGCAAGCAUCAGAUGGAGAAUCACCCCACUGGGAUUUAUGUCAAAGAUUUUGGUUUAAAUCCAAAAUGUGUUUGCAAUAGGUGGUGUAAAGGGAGUAGCAGCCCUUGGGUGCUGAUGUUUGCAUUCAAAGUAUGAGGCUCUGCUUGAUGGUUGUUUCUCCUGUGUCUGAAAGCGCUCAUCCCUACCAUUAGACCGAUAUUCCUCGGGCUGGUGACUGCUCCCAUGAUGAAUGGGUUUGCUUUCAUGCAGACAUCCAAAGGCGAUGCUUGAGACAUAGUCUGUAAUAAUGGGUCACGCGUUCACUGCAGCUAAUUGUCAAUCUUUCUGUAAAGCACUGAGAAAGCCUCUCUGUGAAUUAACACUGUUCUGCUUUAGGCACUUGAAUGAAAUUGUAUUAAAAAAAAAAAAUUUCUCUAUAUGCAUUGCAUGCCAGCUUUGCUUUUAAAAUUACAAACUGUAACAGAGUAUGUGGAUCUAUUUUCUCGGGGAAUAGGGAUUUUUAUCAUAUGAUUCAUCUAGGAUUUGCCUUACCCUGACAUUUGUGAUAUAAUAUAAAGUUUAAAAAAAAUGUAAAAAUUAAAAAAGGUAAUUUUCUUGGCCAAAAAAAAUAUGUUUUUACUUCAAUGCAAAGAAAUGUAGACUGUUGCUUGCAAAAUGUCUUCUAAUGGAUGGUCUAGCAGCUAUAUGGGUUAGCACAUGCCUUUUCUGUUACUCUGUCAUUUACAUGCUGAAUUUGUCUGAGUCUUGUUACUUUUCCUUUUGUCUGUGCCAUGCGUUGGAAAACUUAAAGAACUGAUGCCUUCAUACUACCGUGUUAAAGCAAAACGUUAAUAAAGCUUGUCCUGAAGACAA